UUUUAUUUCUGCACGGCUCAGAUGGAAAACUUGACGUACAACAGCCUGACUCUCCAGCUGGAGGGGUUAAGGGUCAACAAGACGAACAAGUACCCCGUCUUCUUUUUCCUGCUCUCGGCGUACGUCUUCAUCCUGACCGCCAACGUGGGCAUUCUGAUCCUGAUCUGGACGGAGCGGAGCCUCCAGCAGCCGAUGUAUCUCCUCUUCUGUAACCUGUCGGUCAACGACGUCAUGGGAAACUCCCUGCUGGUUCCUCGGGUGCUCGCCGACAUCCUGGUGCCGCCGUCCGAGCGCCUCAUUCACUACUACGAGUGUGUGAUGCAGGCGUUCACCACGCACAUGUUCGGCACCAACGCUCACACGGUGCUCAUGAUCAUGGCGUUUGACAGAUACGUGGCCAUCUGCAACCCGCUGCACUACGCCUCCAUCAUGACCAACAGGAUGGUGAUCAGGCUGACGGUGUCGGCGUGGGGAGUGGCGUUUGUUCUGGUGGCGGUUCUGCUUGGUCUGACCAUCCGGCUGAACCGUUGCAGGACUCUGAUCACAAACCCGUACUGCGACAACGCAUCACUGUUCAAGCUCUCCUGCGAGAACGUGUUCAUCAACAACAUCUACGGCCUCACCUUCACCGUUGUGCUGUUCUCGUCCUCCAUCGGCAGCAUCGUCGUCACCUACUCCAAGAUCACCGCCGCCUGUCUGACCAGUAAGAGCAAGUCCCUGAACAGGAAGGCCCUGAAGACCUGCAGCACUCACCUGUGCCUCUACCUGAUCAUGCUCGUCAGCGGGCUGAUCAUCAUCACCCUCCACCGCUUCCCGCAGUACGCAGAGUACCGCAAGAUUUCAGCCAUCCUCUUCAACGUCGUCCCCGGCAGCCUGAACCCCGUCAUCUACGGCCUGCAGUCACAGGAAAUACACAAGUGUCUGUCAAACAUGUUCCACCUGAAGAGAGUUAUGCCAUCAUUCUGA